AUGUUUCCAUUUGGGACAAUACGCAGGCUUCUGCCUACCGCUCAACAAUGGAAAUGGUACGGAAUUGGAUCUAUAUCACUCCAGAUAUAUGGAAACCGCACAAUCUGGCUUUUGCAAGCGCGAAUCAUCGGCCAAUUACAGGAUGAAGAUGCUUUAGCAUUCAAAAAGAUGGCAUGUGAUGAAUGCACUAUGAUUGCCGUAGCUGCUGCAAUCGUUGCUCAAAUAGCUAUUACGGGCUUGUCGUUGGAAUCACUGAACCAGACGCAUUGGAUAGCAAAGUCUAGUUUUGUCAUGAGUUUAACUUUUGCCUUGGUUGCGGUGUACUAUUCUGUGGCGCAGCAAAGAAUUCUUGGUCGAUUGAUCAAAGCAAAGGAUGUUCGCAACUGGAUUCGAGGAAGAAAACAGGCAAUCAAUCGAAUCUUUUCCAUCGAAAUUGGACUCGAACUUGAUCCUUGCGAACCGGAUGAGUACACCCCGAGGAUUUCGGAUGUUCGAUUAUAUCUCUCUGGUGGGAUGUAUGUUGUAUUAGGAUGGUUUCAUAGCAAGGAAGAACGGUCAGAGUCUGAAAUCAUCGAUGGGUAUUUGCAUGAAUAUUUAGCAAAUCACCCUGAUGCGCUAUCUCGGUGGAAUUUUGACAGUCACUGGCAAUUUCGCAAUGGGAUUUUAAGACGUAUUAGUAGUAGUACAGAUACAGAGGAGAGAGUUGCCACCGCUCCCACGGAGCCGCAAGAGCUGGGCAAUGUGUGA